CUGUUGUUCUUGGUGUUAUAUUUGCUGGUCGCUGCCGAAGCAAAUACCACUGAUCUGAAUGAGAUGUACGGCUACAUUUUGUCCCCAAAUUUCCCCGAGGGCUAUCCCAGCGAUUCGGACAUCACGUGGAACAUUUCGGUGCCACUGGGAUUCCGCAUCAAACUCUACUUCAUGCACUUUGACCUGGAGCCGUCUUACUUGUGUGAAUAUGACUUUGUGAAGGUGGAGAGUGGGGCUGAGCAGCCAUUGUUAUUCUGUGGAAAGGAGAGAACAGACACCGAACAGACCCCAGGACAGCAAACCAUCUACUCCCAUGGAAAUACCAUGUCACUCACCUUCCAGUCAGACUUCUCCAAUGAGGAGCGUUUCACAGGCUUCAAGGUUCAUUAUGCUGCUGAAGAUAUCAAUGAGUGUGAGGAGAAGCUGGAUGAGGGGCUGACAUGUGAUCACUUCUGUCACAAUUACAUUGGUGGCUUCUACUGCUCAUGCCGAUUCGGCUACAUUCUGCAUUCAGACAACAGGACCUGCAAAGUCGAGUGUAAUGACAACCUUUUCACUGAGAAAUCUGGAGUGAUCAGCAGCCCUGACUACCCCAACUCGUAUCCCAAGAGUAGUGAUUGUCUCUAUCGAAUCGAGCUGGAGGAGGGUCUCUUCAUCAACCUGCAGUUUCUGGAACAGUUUGAUGUGGAGGACCAUCCCGAAGUACCCUGUCCUUAUGAUUACUUAAAGAUCAAAGCUGGGAAAAAAGAGUUUGGUCCAUUUUGUGGAGAAAAGAGCCCUGGACUGAUCGAGACCGGAACCAACAGUGUGCAGAUCCUGUUCCACAGUGAUGACUCAGGAGAGAAUAAUGGCUGGACGUUCUCCUACAUGUCCUUGGAUUCCUACCGAUCUCAGGGACAGGACUCUGGGUUGAAGAAUGUAAACCAGCAGUGGACUGCUUGCCCACUGCUAACCCCACCAGAUAAUGGGAAAAUCGAACCAGUUCUUGAACAAUAUUCCUUUAAAGAUCAAGUCCAGAUAAGAUGCAACCCUGGAUAUAAAUUUGUGAAGGAUGGAGAUGAAGUGGAGGCUUAUCAGAUCGAAUGUCAGAAAAGUGGAAUAUGGAGCAGCAGCAUUCCUACUUGUAAAAUUGUAGACUGUGGGACUCCCGAGGUGCUCGAAGAUGGAUUUCCCAGAUUCCAGACAAAAGGCAAUCUGACAACAUACGGAUCUGCUGUGCAAUAUUGUUGCCAAGACGUAUUUUAUGUAAUGAUUCCAGAGAUGAACAGUACCUAUGCCUGUAUGGAGAAUGGGUUUUGGGUCAAUGAUGAGCUCGGAACAAAACUCCCCAGAUGUGAGCCAGUCUGUGGGAGGCCUGCUAGUGUCCUGCCGGCACUGAUCAAGCGGAUUGUUGGAGGCCGGACUGCAGAGCCGGGCUUCUUUCCCUGGCAAGUGCUGAUAGUGGCAGAGGAUACAACGCGGGUCCCAAAGGAUAAGUGGUAUGGGAGUGGAGCUUUGCUCUCUGGUUCCUGGGUUCUGACUGCUGCUCAUGUCUUGCGGUCUCAGCGACGGGAUGACAGUGUGGCUCUGGUUCCAACUGAACAUGUCACCAUCUACCUGGGCCUCCAUGAUGUACGUUACAAGGAGGAUGCUGUGAAACGGGCAGUUCAGAAAAUUACUCUUCACAAAGCGUUUGAUCCCAGAACAUACAACAAUGACAUUGCUUUAGUAAAGCUGUCAGAAAAGGUGUCCAUGGAUAUUCUGGUGAUGCCAUUGUGUUUGCCUGCCUUCCACCAUGAGAUGCAAGGCCUUCACCCCAACACACUGGGGCUGGUUGCUGGCUGGGGUAUCUCCAAUCUGAAUGUGACCAUUGAUGAUAUCUCCAGUAGUGAGCAUGGUACAUUGUCCAACACAUUGCAGUACGUGAAGCUCCCUGUCACACCCCAAGCUGAAUGUAAGGACAGCUAUGAGUCACGCUCUGAAACCUAUAAUGUGACCGAUAACAUGUUCUGCGCUGGGUUUUAUGAAGGUGGAAAGGACACGUGUCGUGGGGACAGUGGUGGGGCCUUUGUUAUCCAGGACCCAAUUACACAGCGAUGGGUGGCCCAGGGCAUUGUGUCCUGGGGAGGACCAGAGAAAUGUGGCAGCAAACGUGUAUAUGGUGUUUACACCAAAGUAUCCAACUAUGCAGCUUGGUUGGAGCAGGAAAUGAACAAUGUUUCAGAUUAACCAAUUAGAGGCUGGAAAUUUGUGGAUCCAGACUGAAGAAAGAAGAAUUCACAUUGCCAUUUAACUGCCAUUUGACCCAGAAAUCCAUGGGUUCAGAAAAUGCUUUUUUUGUUAUUUAACUUCACUGAGUGUUUGCUGUGUAAACUCUGCAUUUGUCUAUUUUGUGACAUUAGCUAGAUGUUUAAGACCACUUAAGGCAUCAUUCACUGCCCACCAUUACAAUUUGAGUCCCAGAAUUUGUUGCACUGCAAUUUGGGUUGGUUGAUGGAUUCAGACCUUUGGCCACUGCUAGCAAUGCCCAAUGACCUAAGCAGUGAUGAUACUGCCUUUGCCUUAUUGCUCUAUUUCUUACCCUGACAUGCAAAGUAUUCAACAUCAGUGGCCUCACCCUGACCAUUCAGCCUUCAGCUCCCCUCUCGACUCUCUA